ACUAAUCAUAAUAAAGAAUUACUAAACGCUCACUGAUCUACUGAUCUGCAUGCCUUUACAAGAGGUUAUGAUCAUUCUAGAUAAUACUUCAAGAACAGACAAUAUCAUAGCAUUAAAAAUACUAAUUUAUAUAAUAAAUGAAAUUAUAUACUUGCGAGAUGAAUCUUUGUUGUUAACAAAAGUGAUUUUGAUAUUGCUAAAACUAAUUCAUAUAUUAAUGAAGCUGAUUACAUAAGAAUGUCUUUAAAAUUCUUGAGAUAUUCUUUAAAUAUAGAAAGACAUAAGUUUUGGAGAUUUUAUAUUCGUUGUUUAUCGACUAAUAAUAUAAAUGAUCCAAUACAUGGAGUAUCAGUAUCUCAAAUAAAACAAAUUUUGAAGCAAAAACAUAUUAUUACCAUUGAAGGACAUGCAUGUAUAAUCAUCGAAUGUUCUCUAUGUGAGUCUGAAAAAUCUAAAAAGGCAAAAAUAUACAUUAAUAAAACAACAGGAUAUUUUAUGUGUGAUAAAUGCAAUUUGAAAGGAGAAUGGAACAUAUUGGAGAAGUUUUUAUUAACAAGAUCUACCAAAGUAAAUAAUAAGGAAGUACAGAAGGAAUUGGAAGCUUUGAAAAAUACUACAAAAAUUCAAGGAAAUUAUAUUUCAGAAUGGAAUAAUAUAACAAAACUCAAUCAAGAAAUUGCCUAUUUAUCACCAGAAUUAUAUGAAAAAGUUCUACAUAUAUUUUCUCUUCCAAAAAUUCCACAAGAGGAUAUUUUACAAUUAAAUGGUAUAUAUGUCACUGUGCCAACAUCAUUAUACUUUCCAUUAAUUGCUUUCAAUAAUAUUGUGGGCUAUAAAAUCCUUUCUAGUCAAUCAGAAUUAGAACAAACUGUACCUAAUAGCAAUGUUAGUGGAUUUAUCAUUUAUAAACAAAAGGGUACCAGAAGUGAUGGAACUGCAGUAGUUGUACCAACAAUACAUGAUUUAUUAGCAUUAGUAUUUCAAAAGGCAGCAAAUGUAAUUAUCUGUUUGCCAUAUAAUUUGCAAAACUUGCCUCAGCAAUUAUUGCCAAGUUUUGAAAAUUUCAAAAAAUUAAUUUUGUGGUUUGGAAAUGACGAACCUAGCUGGUAUACAGCCAGACAAUUUGCUAAGAAAUUAAAUGAGAAAAGAUGUUAUUUCGUGAGACCAAUUGACAUACAACCUAGACCAAAACUAGCUGCUGACAAAGGCUAUGAUCUUAAAAAUAUUUUAAUGAAUGCACAACCAAUAUGGCACAAGAGUAUUACUACUUUUGAUGAUCUCAGACAAGAUAUAUUAUGUGAUUUGCAAAAUAUAGAUAGAGUUCAAGGUGUAAAAUGGAAAAGAUAUCCUGUCUUAAAUCGAAUUUUAAAAGGACAUAGAAGAGGAGAAUUUACAAUCCUAACUGGUCCAACUGGUAGUGGCAAAACAACGUUUAUGAGUGAAUAUUCACUAGAUUUAGCAAUGCAAGGUGUCAAUACAUUAUGGGGUAGUUUUGAAAUCAGAAAUGCUCGUUUAGCUAGAACCAUGUUACAACAAAUGGCAGAGGUGUCUCUAGAAGAUAACUUAGAUAAAUUUAACACAUAUGCAGAUAUUUUCAACAAAUUACCGAUUUAUUUUAUGACUUUUCAUGGUCAGCAAAACAUCAAAGUUGUUAUGGAUGCAGUUGAACAUGCAACAUAUGUACAUGACAUAGCUCAUGUGAUAAUCGAUAAUAUGCAGUUUAUGAUGGGGAUAUCAGAAGAAUCAACUGACAGAUUUUGGAAACAGGACAAGAUCAUAGCAGAAUUCAGAAAUUUUUCUACAAAGUAUAAUUGUCAUGUUACAUUAGUUAUACAUCCAAGGAAAGAACGAGAUGAAGAAUUAACAACUUUGUCUAUUUUUGGUAGUGCCAAAGCAAGUCAAGAAGCCGACAAUGUAUUAAUUAUACAAGAUAAAAGACUUACUAGUAUAAAAGGAAAAAAAUAUUUACAGGUUGCAAAGAAUAGAUAUAGCGGAGAUUUAGGUAUAAUGAUUCUAGAAUUUGAUAAAACCAAACUAAGUUAUGCACAAAAAAAGAAAAUAAAGUUAGAAGUAGAUAAGACAGAAGAUAAAAGAGGAGACAACAAGGAGGAGAUAACAAAGAAGAUAAAAGAAACUCAUAUCCUCCAAGUAGAAAGAUGAAUGGUUUAAUGAAAUUAUGAUUCAUAUUGCAUAUGAUUUCUGUUUUAUCGAUUGUGCACAUCCAUGGGAUUGUGAUAAGGAAAAAAAAA